AUGGAUCCAAACGUUGAACCUUGGAUUUAUCCAAUGUAUUAUCCACAUGGUACGCCAGGUUGGCACGAUAAUAUUAAACAAAUUAAUGGAAAACGUUUGAGAGUGGAAAAGCAUCAGGGACUAAUCGAUUAUUUAGAAAAAAAAGCGACUGAUGCUAAUGCUCGUGUUGGACGAAUAAUGAUACUUCCAUCAACAUUUAUUGGUUCACCUCGAAAUAUGAUGCAAAAUUAUCAAGAUGCGAUGGCUAUUAAACGUGGUUUGCCGCAUGUGCAUAUAUUAGUAACUUUAAAACAACAAUGCAAAAUUAUUAAUUCGGAAACCGUUGAUAAGUAUAUUUCUGCUGAAAUUCCGGAUCCUGCUAUUGAUCAAAAUUUGCAUGAAAUUGUCAUGAAAAAUAUGAUUCAUGGACCAUGUGGUAAUUGGUGUAUGGUAAAUGGAAAAUGUUCAAAGCAUUUUCCAAAAUCUUUUCACGAGGAAACAACUAUGGAUGAAAAUGGUUAUCCACAAUACCGUCGAAGAGACACUAGCAUUUUGUAUGAGAAACCUGGAGGAUUUGUAGUAGAUAAUCGAUUUGUUGUUCCUUACUGUCCAAUAUUAUCAACAAUUUUUAAUUGUCAUAUUAAUGUUGAAGUUGUUUCAAGUAUCAAGUCAGUAAAGUAUUUAUAUAAAUAUAUUUACAAAGGUCACGAUGCAGCAUCUGUAGUUAUAGAAGAAGAUGUGAAUAAUAUGGAAAUUGUUCAUGACGAAAUCAAAGAUUUUAUUGAAGCACGUUAUGUAGGACCAGUUGAAGCUUAUUGGCGUAUUGUAAAUAAAAUAUUGCAAGAAAAAAGUCAUGCCAUCAUUCGUUUACCUGUACAUUUGCCAAGUGAACAAAAUGUAAUUAUCUCUGAUCAUUUAAAUGAACAAGAUUUACAAUCUGCUUUAGAACGUAUAACAAUGUUAAUGGAUUAUUUUGAAUUAAAUAAACGAGAUGUUGAUGCACACCAAUAUGUAUAUACAGAUAUACCUUUAUAUUACGUGUUCAAGAAAGUAAUUCUUGAUGGAAAACAAAUUAGUCGUUGGGAAAAACGUCAGAGAGCAACAAGUUAUAAUGCUUUAAAAACAGUUAAUGGUGUAUUACAUCAAACAUUUACUUCUGCAUGUUUGGCUUUGGGUUUAAUUGAAGAUGAUGAUGAAUGGAAACGUGCAAUUAGCAAAGCUUCUAUAUGGAUGAUGCCAAGACAACUUAGUUGGAAACUUAAGCAAUUUCCAGAAAUGGAACAAAUAAAGAUAAAAUAUGAAGAAGAAGAUGCAGAACAAUUGCAAAGAGAAGCUUUAUGUGGUCAGCAACAGUAUAGCCAGUUAAAUUAUGGUCAAAAAAAUGUUGUUGAUUAUGUUUUAACUCUUUUAACAAAAACUAACAGUCAACAAAAAAAAUGCUUAUACAUUGACGGUCCAGGAGGUUCAGGCAAAGUUGUUAAUACAAUGGCUUUCACUGGUAUCGCUGCAACAUUACUACCAAAUGGAAGAACAGCACAUAAAACUUUAGGUUUGCCCGUACCUCUUUUUAAUGAUUCAACAUCGAAUAUAAAAGUUCAAUCCAAAGAAGCUGAUUAUUUAAAAAAAACAGAUGUUUUUAUUUGGGAUGAAGCACCAAUGGCACCGCGAUAUGCUCUUGAAGUAAUGAAUUGUCUCUUACAAGAUUUAAUGCAUAAUGAUAUACCAUUUGGAGGAAAAAUUGUUAUUUUUGGUGGAGAUUUCAGACAAUUAUUGCCAGUAAAACAAAAUGCCACACGUUCUGAAACUGAAUUUGCUCAAUUUUUAUUAGAUUUGGGUAAUGGUUCUCUAAAUGAUCAGUCUAAUAAUAUUGAAAUUCCAUUAAGAUGUGUAGCAAAUUUAAAUGCAAAUAUAACGAAAGAUACAUACGAAGAAAUAAUCAAACACAAUCAGUAUAGACUUGCAGCAAAACGUGUUAUACUUUCUGCAAGAAAUGUUGAUGUGGAUGAAUUAAACAAACAAGUUGUAAAUUUACUUGAUGAAUCAACAGAAAGAAAAUCUGAAUAUCAGCGAAGGUUUGUGUAA